AUGAACUGGGUUCUGUCCUGGUACUUGGUCAGCAGCUGCCUUGUGGGGCGGGAUGCCUCGGGCCACGUUGCAGAAGAGGCAGUGUCGACCAAGAAAGCGGCAGCGAAAGGUGUCUUUUGGGCAACCGGUGCGUCUGCGCUGUGCGGCUUCCCCAUUAGUAUCUCAAUUAUCUUCUGCAUGUCUCCUAUUGAGACGUUCUACGACAAUAAUGUGCCCCGGCCGUUCAUCAACAUGUACGCGAUGGCUCUCGGUCCCUAUGCCCACGUUGUGAUGACCCUUGGAGCAAUAAUCGGAGCAACAGGUGCUACUAACUGCUCUUCCUGGGGUGUAGAUCUACAGUCUGAUACAGACAGGCUCGGUGCCCGGCUAUUUCUAUGGCAGGCUGCGCUAGAUUCCCGUUGCCCCUGGGGCAUACGUGAAGUGGUGUUUGUGAUGAAUCGUCCCCUUCAUCACCCACUUCCAUUCCAGAAUGCUAGCGGGGAUUGGACUUACUUUAUGAAGCCCAGUCGCAGGGGGGUCCGAGUGUUAGAGUCCAGUAUAUAA